AACAUCCUGUUUUGGUUUCCGAAACGAUUUGUUGUGGUCAGGUCUGCGCAAAAAUGCGCAGGUGUGCAAUGACUAUAGUAUUAAUUGGACGUCGUUGGCUCUUUAACGACACUAUAUUAAUGUAUUGCUUAAAGGUAAUACGUUGUGAAAUAUGAACGUUCCAGUAAGUCUUUAAAUUGUUGAGUUGAUACGCCUGUUAGUAUUAGCCUCAUACUCGCAGUGUGCCCUGAGUGGGGAAAAAAGGCCCCUGCCGAAGUCCCUCAAGCAGUCUACUCAAAUGCAUUCAGUAAACAUUUAUAACACUGAAAACCUACUGCUAAAGCUUUUACUCGGUAAACGUAACUUACAGAAGUACGAUAAACAUAGCUAUAGAACUAACAUCUGAGAUUAACGGCAUUAACUUUGCAAAGUAAGGCCCGGAAACGCACUUGCGAAACUACAUAUCCCAUGAAGCCCUCGUGUACGUGUUUCAGGGCGGGAGACUACGUCAUCAAUACUUAAUUUGAACGCUUUCUGGCUUUGUUGAGUUGGGAGAUGAAUAAAUUUAGCCAAUUUGCCCUGUUCUGCGUCCCUGCUGCUGUCGUUGAACAAUUUUAGUUAACAUAUAAAGUUUGUUUUUUAACUUUGUUUGCUGCAGUUUUCUAAUCUGUUAUGGAUUCCGUCGAAGAGGACGUUUCCGCUCGGGUUUUGCUGAGGAACGUUCUGCACUCCGAGCUAGCGCGGUCUCCAGUAACCAGAAGUGCGGCUCGUAACCCCACAGUUUCCCGUGUGCGGAGGAGCUCUAGAGUGAGGAACACCCCUGGGAACGAGAGCCCUCAAGUCACUCUUAGACACAAACUCAAACAGAAGCUUCAUGAGAGUGCUACUCAGUCACCACUCCCUCCCAGCAAAAGGCCAAGGUCACAGAGCCGAACUGUGAAGACACCAGCAGUGGCUUCAUCCUCGCUGUAUGAUGAGGACAUCACACCUCGUGGUCUGCUCAGGGGCAUCAUCCAGACAGAGGCUGAGGCAUCUCUGCUGCUAUCUGGUCAGCCUGCGGUACCAGAGGCCAACCAGCAAAUUGUGGAGACUAGCCUCCAUAGCAACAGACAGAGUGAAGGACCAUCUGGUCUUGAGUUGCCUGACUUAGUCACAGAGCCACUAAGUACUGUGAUUAGGGGGAUGAGUCGUAGGAGGCCACCGCCCACCUUCAAUGUGUCAGCUUUUGAGAGACAGCUGGACCAACAAACAGGUGAAGAAGAGAAUGAUGUCACUCAGGAAAAUACAGAUGUGACUGUGGAACAGGAUCUUUCUGCUGGAUGUAAGAGUGUUCUGAGCCUCACCUUGAAGACUCCAUAUAUGAACAUUCAGUCUGAGAGGGUAGGUUUACGGCGAAAGGCAGCCAGUCGAAGGCAGCCUUCUGUGGAUGCGUUUGACGAGGCUGUCCAGAAACGCUUUGAGAGGCAUUGCAAUCAAGAUUAUACAGUAGUACAGGAUGGAAAAACUCUUGGAGAUUCUGAUUGGCAGAAGUUCACUCUUGGACUGAGCAAUGUCACAGUGCCUGACCUCACCACAGACAUUGUCAUGAGCAACACAGAACUCUACCUCCAGCCAACUGUUUCUGCAUCUGUGCUGAAAGAGGAUAAUGAUGGGCCUCCAGAGGUGGGCAGACAUGAGGGUGAAAAAGCAUUUGAGACUGACAGAAGGAGAGAUGAUGAAGAAAAAGUGGGAGGUGACUAUCAAGAGGAGCAAGUAGUGGAUGAUCAUCAAGACAAACAAAAUGAGCAUUUGAGCAAAAUCUGUGAAACUGAGCCUGAACCCUUCCAAGAAAUGGAAGGCCCAGAAACAGCCUCUCAGAUACAGGAAGAAAAGGAGGAGCUGAACGUGAUACCUUCAUCACAAGAGAAUGAGGCAGUCAGUUUGAGUCCUGAGGAGUUGCCAUUUGCACCAACUCAGGCAAUGACAGAGCCUGCCCCUCAGAUUCAGGAAUAUGAGGGGAAAGAGUCUGACAUACAGGAAUCAGAGGUGGAAAAAAUUGAGAUGAGAGAAAGUGAGAAGGACAGCCUUACAGUGGUGGAACUUCCAUCACAAGUAUUAGAGCGAAUCAUUCGGAGAGCCUACCACUCAGAGGGUGGAACAGUCAUGGCUGGAAUAACAGAAAGAGAGAGAGGCACUAAAAGUCUUGGGGCGGGACUGUAUCCCACAGGUAAAGAACUGCAAAGUUUUACUAAUGCAAGUGCUGCAGAGGAGUUACCUCACUUGGAUAAGGAACCAUAUGUCAACCCUGCCUCAACAUCCACAUCCCCCACUCUGAAGCCCUCUUCAUCUGAGAUGCAUCAGACCAGUCUGGCAGAAGUUCAGGUUGAUGAAGUGGAAGAUCAUACUCAAGGAAAUACUAGAAAAUCAUUUGAGAUGCAUCAGACCAGUCUGGCAGAAGUUCAGGUUGAUGAAGUGGAAGAUCAUACUCAAGGAAAUACUAGAAAAUCAUUUGAGAUGCAUCAGACCUGUUUGGCAGAAGUUCAAGAUGAUGAAGUGAAAGGUGUUACUCAAGGAGAUAUUAGCAUGUCAGAAGAUGAAAAUAUUGUGACAUCUCCUGUCCAUCACAGCCCCACCCCAGACUUUCCUGCUGACAAGGAGGAGCAGCAAGAGGAAGAAGAUGAUGAAGAGGAGGAAGACGCAUAUAGUGAAGAGCUGUCUAUGCAAACUCCUGCUUUCAUUAGACAAAGGAAGGAAGUACCAACUCCCAGCACACUGCACACAGCCACAGUGCUUAAAGUUUUGAACACUGGCCCUGCCCCAAAGGUUGUGAAGCCUCGCCCUAAACAGAAGAAUCGGACUACCUCUGAUAUCCUUCCAAAGAGUUAUGUUAUGAGUAUGUUUAAACAUUUUGCCAAAACCAAGGUGGCCAGUGAUGUCUACCCAGUCAUCAACGAAAUACUGCAGAAAUACUUUGAUCGUCUAGCGGAUGAUUUGGAGGCAUAUUCUGCUCAUGCAAAGAGGAAAACCAUUGAGGUUGAAGAUGUUGAACUUCUCAUGAGAAGACAGGGUUUUGUGACGGACAGCACCCCAGUCAAUGUAUUGAUUGAGAAGUUCCUCCCUCUUGAGUAUAGGAAGCUUCUCAUACCAGUGGCAACCAGCGGAAACAAAGUCGUUCCUAAUCAAAGGAGAUAAAUCUUCCACACCAUCUUCUUUGCUCUUCUUUUUGUUUCCUCCAAAUAGCUGUUUUUUUCAUUUUCAAUGUCUCAUUUACAUGUUGGUUAAUGUCAUUAUUGUUUUUGGAUGUCCUGUUUUCUGCAAUAUGUCACUGAAAAUUAGAAAACUUGUUCAAAAAGAAUUUGUAAAAUAAAGGUGUUCAGUUAACAUGCCCAUUUUAUUUAUUACUGUAUGUGUACUUAUCACAAUAUUUUUAUAUACCACCACCUUGAAACACUCUAAACUAAACACAGCUAAACACUCCUCAGUACAGAUAGGUGACAAGUUACAGGAAAAACCUGAAUAAAUGAGUGGGGAAACAUAAUGAGUGCAGAUGCCUCCAGACAGAUGAAAUGCCUCAUAUAACUAACAUUCUACCAUGUUCUGUGGCAUACCUGGCAAUGCUGAGCAGGCCCAGUUUACUUCCUUUUUGGUUCAGGAAGGUAAGAGAAGUUACUGUGAAAGAAAGUUUGUGAAUCGGGGCACAGAUGGCAGGAGCUUCAGUUACAAACAUUGCUCAGCUGGUUGGUAUUGCAAUAAUACAGCAACAAAAGUGACAUCUACAUCUAUGAUCAAUAAAUCAAUUAAAUAUUAAUGAUUACAAAUUAUGUUCGAAAGGGCACAUUCAAUGACUGAAUUAGUGCGAUGUACACGAGGAAAAAGCAACUGUUCCUCAGGUGAAUGUCAACGCAGGGUAUGAUUAGACUGUAAAGUGGGAUUAGAGU